GAGUGUCAAAUUGAUACCGUCUAUAUCCUUUGGUCCGAUUAUCGAAAUUAGGGUCCGGUUGCAAACCGAUGCCUAAACACUUCUUUUAUACCAAUCACUUCCAACUAUAAACCCAUAUUAAUUCAAUUACUUCUUCGUUUCUCUUGAUCAUUCAAAUCCAACUGUAGAUCAUAAAAGAUUUUUUAAGGUGUUUGGAGAUUUUCACCGUAUUGAUUCGAAGGAGAUCGUAUACGAAAACAAUCAUGUUUACGCGAGUUUUUGGAAAACCGAAGCAAGAAGCUAAUGCCGUAACAACAUUAGACAAAUUGAAUGAGACACUUGAAAUGCUGGAGAAGAAAGAGAAAGUACUUUUGAAGAAGGCUUCUGCGGAGGUGGAGAAGGCUAAAGACUAUACUAGAGCGAAGAACAAAAGGGCGGCAAUACAAUGUUUAAAGAGGAAGAAACUCUACGAACAACAAAUUGAACAGCUUGGGAACUUCCAAUUACGUAUUCAUGACCAGAUGAUUAUGCUAGAAGGUGCAAAAGCUACCACAGAGACUGUUGAUGCUUUGAGAACUGGUGCAGCAGCAAUGAAGGCCAUGCAGAAGGCAACGAAUAUUGAUGAUGUUGACAAGACUAUGGAUGAGAUAAAUGAACAAACUGAAAAUAUGAAACAAAUUCAGGAGGCAUUGGCAACCCCUAUUGGUGCAGCUGCUGAUUUUGACGAGGAUGAACUGGAAGCUGAACUUGAAGAACUAGAAGGAGCCGAGUUAGAGGAACAGCUUCUCCAACCUGCCACAACUGCCCCUGCUGCUCCAGUGCAGGUUCCAGCUGGUAGGCAACCAACACGCCCAGCUCCUCGGCAAAACACUGCCGAGGAAGAUGAACUUGCUGCAUUGCAAGCAGAAAUGGCACUUUAAAAAACAGAACUCUGUUUUUGCAGAUCACUGGAGAUGUACUCAUACACCAUGAAAAAACCGAAGAAGUGUGUUAUAUUAUCUCAUGUACAGUCGUGAUUGUAAACUAAAUAACAAGUUGGGAAUUUGAAGUGCGUGACGGAAUGAUGGAGUGUUGUAUUAUACGUUAAAGGUCAUAAAGAACUAAUACGCUGCUUUCCAGACGGAUUUUCUUUUCCGUGCAGAGCCGAUUUAGGCAAUUCAAA